CAGUAACAAAGGAGUAAUAAGUCAUGGGAAAUCCAGAGAUUAUUACUGAUGCUUAUGUAGCUGUUAUUCGCCCCAAAAAUACUGCAAGUCUGAAUUCUCGUGAAUAUCGGGCCAAAUCAUAUGAGAUUUUGUUGCUUGAAGUUCCUAUUGAAGGACAUAAGAAGAAAAGAAGGAAAAUGUUGUUGGAAACUAAGCUUCCAGGAGGCAGUGAUGUAACACAAAGCAUCUUGGAUUAUAUACUAGAGACCACCAAACCCAUUUCACCAGGAAAUCAAGGUAUCAAAGGAAAAAGAGUCAUGGUUAUGAAGAAGUUUCCUCUUGAUGGAGAGAAGACAGGCAAAGAUGCGUCACUUUUUGUAGUACCCACAGUUGUAAAAGAUAACACAAAAUAUGCAUACAGUCCUGGAUGUCCAGUUUUCUACUGCUUACAGGAUAUUAUGAGAGUCUGCAGUGAAUCAAGCACUCACUUUGCUACACUUACAGCUAGAAUGUUAAUUCACUUGGAUAAGUGGCUAGAAGAACGGCAUUCACAGUCACAUUCUAUCCCAGCUUUAUUCAGACCAUCUCCCCUAGAGCGAAUUAAAACAAAUGUUACAAACCCUGCAUAUGCUGUUGAACCUGGGCAAGCGGAAAGCUUACUUCACAUGGGAUACACUGCAUUAGAAAUCAAGAGUAAAAUGCUGGCUCUUGAGAAAGCAGACAUGUGUAUCUACAACCCUUUGUUUGGGUCAGAUCUUCAGUAUACCAAUCGGGUUGAUAAAGUGGUUAUAAAUCCGUACUUUGGACUUGGGGCUCCAGACUACUCAAAAAUACAGAUUCCAAAGUGUGAAAAGUGGCAGCGCAGCAUGAGCAGUGUCAUGGAGGACAAGGAAAGGCAGUGGGUUGAUGACUUUCCUCUUCACCGUAGUGCUUGUGAAGGAGACACGGAGUUGUUGAGCCAACUUCUAGAUGAAAACCUUUCAGUAAACCAGUUGGACAAUGACCACUGGGCACCUAUCCAUUAUGCAUGCUGGUACGGAAAAGCUGAAGCCACUCGGAUGCUGUUAGAGAAAGGCAAAUGCAAUCCCAACUUGCUGAACGGACAGCUUAGCUCGCCUCUUCAUUUUGCUGCUGGGGGAGGGCAUGCUGAUAUUGUUCAGAUUCUCCUAGGUCAUCCAGAAAUUGACAGACAUAUUACAGAUCAACAAGGAAGAAUGCCGUUGAACAUCUGCGAAGAGAACAAACAAAAUGAAUGGGAAAAAACAGCUAACUUGCUUAAAGAAGCCAUAAAUAAACCAUAUGAGAAGGUGCGAAUUUAUCGAAUGGAUGGAUCAUACCGCUCUGUUGAGCUGAAACAUGGAAACAACUCUACAGUGCAACAGAUAAUGGAAGGAAUGCAUCUUUCUCCAGAAACACAGCAGUACUUCACAAUCUGGAUCUGUUCUGAAAACCUUAGUCUCCAGUUGAAGCCAUAUCACAAACCUUUGCAGCAUGUCCAUGACUGGCCUGAAAUACUCACUGAACUGACAAAUUUGGACCCUCAAAGGGAAACCCCCCAGCUUUUCUUGAGGAGGGAUGUGAGACUUCCUCUGGUGGUUGAAAAAAAGAUUGAGGAUCCACUGGCUAUCCUUAUCCUGUUUGAUGAGGCCAGGUACAAUUUGCUGAAAGGUUUCUACACCUCACCUGAUGCCAAGCUGAUAACCCUUGCAAGUCUUCUGCUGCAAAUAGUCUAUGGAAAUUAUGAAAGUAAAAAACACAAACAGGGUUUCCUGAAUGAAGAAAACUUAAAAUCUAUAGUACCAGUCACCAAAUUAAAAAGUAAGGCACCACACUGGACAAACAGAAUACUUCAUGAGUACAAGAGUCUCAGUACUAGUGAGGGUGUGAGCAAAGAGAUGCAUCACCUGCAGCGCAUGUUUUUGCAGAACUGUUGGGAGAUCCCAACGUAUGGAGCUGCUUUUUUCACAGGACAAGUAUUCACAAAAGCGAGCUCAAGUAAUCAUAAAGUCAUCAGAGUGUACGUGGGCGUAAAUGUCAAAGGACUGCAUCUUCUAAAUAUGGAAACCAAGGCUUUGCUCAUAAGUUUAAAAUAUGGUUGUUUUAUGUGGCAGUUGGGAGAUGCAGAUACCUGUUUUCAGAUUCAUAGCUUGGAAAACAAAAUGAGCUUUAUAGUACAUACAAAGCAGGCAGGUCUUGUCGUGAAACUGCUGAUGAAAUUAAGCAGCCAGUUGAUUCCUGGGGAAAGAAAUGACUGAAAUAAGAACAGCUGUGCCAUGAAUUUUAUAACACCUGUAUUAUAAAUGAAAGCCUUGCGUGUAUAUGAAUUGUACAAAGUGUAA